GACGAGGCCAGUCUCAUGGGAUAGCCAUGACUUGUCUUCAUGACAGCUAUGUCACUCAGCCCUCUCUGCAGUGACCCCUGCACAGCAAAGGAUGCUGGGAAAUAAUGAGCACUUUUAUCCCGGUCAGGAUGACAAAGAUGGGGAGGAUGAGGAGGAGGAAGAGGAGCAGGGAGGAGAAAACACAGACGGGGAAGAUGGACGUGACUCGGAGAAUGGAGGGUUAGAGGGUCUGGAUGAGGAGGACAUGACGAGAGGACGACAAUCCUGGGAAGGGAAAGGUGGCGAGGUGGUGAAACCAGCUGCCAUAGUGAUCGGCCGACAGAGAGCGGACAGGCCGCUGAGGCCGGGCCAUCGAGGAUUCGGUUACAUGUCAAAUCAAGCUCCGUUACACCACCAAGCAGCCAAUAAGCAGCAGCAGCAGCAUCCUUUCAAUGCAGCCAAUCAGCAGCCUCAUCACCCUGGCCUGAAUGCGCUGCAGAAGAGACGAGCUCCCAUGGAGCGCAGCAUGACCACGAUGGCUCCUCUAGAGGACACCUUCCUGACAAUGAUGGUGUUUCGUAUUGGAAUUCCAGACAUCAAACAAACAAGGUGUCUCCAGUUUGACCAGGACUGCACGGUGUGGAGCGCCAAGCAGCAGAUCGUCCUCACCCUCAGCGAGUCACUGUGGGACGUCUACAAUUACGGCCUCUUCCAGCCAGCUGGAGACGGACGGGACGCCAAGUUCCUGGAGGAGGAGCGGGCCCUGCGAGACUACUCCCAGUCCUUUGAGAAAGGCGUGCCUUACCUGGAGUUUAGGUACAAGACCAGAGUUUAUAAACAGACCAACCUCGAUGAGAAGGCUCUUGGAAAGCUCAGCACAAAGGCCAGUCUAAAGAAGUUCCUGGAUUAUAUUCAGACUGGAGCAACAGAGAAAAUAGCAAAAGUCCUUGAUAAAGGUCUUGAUCCAAAUUUUCAUGAUCCUGACACCGGAGAGACCCCGCUGUCUGUGGCAGUGCAGUCAGGGCUGCCAGUGGAGGGCAUCAAGGUGCUGGUUCAGGGCGGCGCUCAUUUGGACUUUAGGAGCAGAGACAGCUUGACACCAGUGCACAAAGCUGUGAGGGUUCAUAAUCACGCUGGGUUGCUGGCUCUCUUGUCCCUCGGAGCGUCUCCUGACUACAAAGACCGGUGUGCCCUGACCCCGCUAUACCAUACUGUGCUGAUAGGGGGCGACACGUCCUGCUGUGAGACCCUGCUCUACUACGGAGCGAGACUAGGGACAAGGGAUGAGAAUGGUUGGGAUGAGUCCCAUCAGGCUUGCCAGAAUGGCUUUGCCCAGCACUUGGAGCAUCUGCUGUUUUAUGGGGCAGACACCACUUCUCAAAAUGCCUCAGGGAACAGUGCACUUCACAUUUCUGCCAUGUACAACAAGGAGAGCUGUGUCCGCGUUCUUCUGUACCGGGGAGCAAACAGGGAGGCAAAGAACAAACAUGGUCAGACCCCCUUUCAGCUAGCUGUAGUUUCUGGUCACUUUGAACUCGGGGAAAUCAUCAAAAACCACAAAGAUUCUGACGUAGUGCCCUUUUUGGAAUCGCCAAAGUUUGUUCCCAAAAGAAAUGAGAGCGCCCACACACUGCCUCUCCCCUCGCUCCAUUCCCACCACCUACUGCGUGCUAACAGUGAUAGCACCAUGACCCAGUCUGACCCUCUGGCCCUCCCCAUCAAGGCUGCAACCAAUCCCAACCCUGGACAGGUACUGAAGACCAUUAGAAGCUCCAGCAGUCCCAGAACUCGGACCCGCUCCCCAUCCAGAGGGAGAGGAGGCCAAAGUGACACAGAGGAGAGGCACCGGCAGCCGCGAGGUAGACAGGGGUAAGUAAGCUCAACCUCUGCGGGCGGCGGGGGAGGUCACAUAAAGCGCAUGUACAGUGCGGUGCCGGGUCGGGUGUAUGUGGCCACACGCGCCCACUCUGCUGGUGGAGACAGGGAGCUCUCAAUCAGCAAAGGGGAUAAAGUUAAAGUAUUGAGUGUGGGAGAGGGGGGAUACUGGGAGGGAACAGUGAAAGGUCGCACUGGCUGGUUCCCCUCAGACUGUGUGGAAGAAGUGGCGGCUCCCACCAGAGACAAUCGAUCAGAGACGCGUAGCGAGAAAGCCAAGAGGAAGCUUUUCCGAAACGUCACUGUCGGAGCCUACGACGGCACCGACGGCCCCAGUGACUACAUCAUUAAGGAAAAGACAGUGCUCCUACAGAAGAAAGACAAUGAGGGCUUUGGCUUUGUGCUCAGGGGAGCCAAAGCUCAGACUCCCAUAGAGGAGUUCACUCCAACGCCAGCGUUUCCCGCGCUGCAGUACCUGGAGUCAGUCGAUGAAGGGGGUGUGGCGUGGAGGGCGGGCCUGAGGAUGGGGGAUUUCCUCAUCGAGGUCAACGGCCAAAAUGUGGUGAAGGUUGGCCACCGGCAGGUGGUCAACAUGAUCCGCCAGGGGGGCAACAGCCUCAUGGUGAAAGUUGUGAUGGUUGCUCGGAAUCCUGAGCUGGAGGAUACCACCCGGAAGAAGGCCCCACAGCAGACGAAGAGACUGACUCCUCCUGCCAUUGCCCUGCGCUCCAAGUCAAUGACAUCAGAGCUGGAAGACAUGGUGGAGAAAGCUGCCUCUCCAUGGAAAAAGAAAGCAGAUUACGAGUCCUCUCAGGUUCCUGAUAAGAAAAGGACAGUCUAUCAGAUGGCACUAAAUAAACUGGAUGAAAUCUUGGCUGCUGCCCAACACACUAUUACACCAGACAACCAGGGCCAGAGGGGUCAUGGAGGCAAGAGGGACCGGAGCAAGAGCAUUGUUCCCAAUGUCUCCAAUGAGCAACCGUAUGAGCAGCAGUCAGCCAUGAGCAUGGUGCAGCAAGGACCAGGUUUCGGCUACAACCAAGCUCAUUUUCAACCAGGCCACGGUCCUCAGCAUGCAGUCAUGAUGCGUCAAAAAUCUAUUGGUAUAACCGAGGAGGAGAGGCAGUACUUACACCCCCCUGCUAUGAAGCUGGCUCGCAGCCUGUCAGUGCCGGGACCGGAGGAAAUCCCCCCACCCCCAAACACAUCUGCUCCAGAACCACCUUUAUCUGCAGGCCCUCAUCCUGGGAGAGGGCCUGCUAUGCCCAUACCCCCUGUAUCUCAAGCCCACUACCAGGCCCACUCCCAGCCAGGGCACUCUACUCAAGCUGGCUGGGAGAGGGGAGGCACUGGUGGGAUGAAUCAGCAGGUCCCUACUCUCAGGAGACAAUCGGAGGGACCGGAGGCAUCCAAGAGAGGUGGUGGCAAGAUGGGAGGGUUACGGAGAGGCUAUAGCAGCGCUACGCCACCAACAAGCGCUAAACCUAAGGCCCCACAGGCACCGCAACAUCAAGCGCACACCGCCAACCGGGAGCAGGGUGGAGGAGUUGGCAGGGGCGGAGCCAGAAGGGGUGGUCGAGGGGCUUUGAUGAAGCAGUCAAAAGUGGAAGACGGGCUGCGACAACAAAGAGGUAAAGGAGCUGCUGCAAAAGAGAAGAGUUCGAUCCCCAUUCCUACCAUUAUCGUCAAAGCGCCCUCAACAAGCAGCAGUGGCCGUAGCAGCCAGGGAAGCAGCAUGGAAGCUGACGCCUCCCAGGAUGUAGUCGACCACACCUCAGCUGAUGCAACCCCAGACAUCCCCAACACCAGUCUACCAUCACCUCUCACCUCCUCACCACCUCAGCCCCCGACAUCCUCUCCCUUGCCUUCGUCAACUGUCGCCCCCUCUGUUUCCUCACAUCAAAACCUGGAAAACUUGGAUUACACUUCAAUUUUUGGUACAGCCUUUGGGGGAGGAGGAGGAGCACGCAGGGAAAGAGAACGUUUUCGAGAUAUGAGAAGAAAGAGCGCUUCUUUCUUCCUAUCAUCUGAGGAGGAUAUUCAAGGAGAGGCAGGAGGAGGAGCAGGAGAUGGAGGAGGAGCCCUAGGGGUAAGAAUUCAGCCUCUGCAGGGCUCACAAGUGGAUGUACCCAUGCCUCGACUCCGGCCCUCGAAGUCUAUAGAUGAGGGCAUGUUUUCUGGAGACAACUACGUCAACUAUUCCAGCAGCAUGCCCCCAGCCUUUGGCCUGCCUGAGUAUUCCUCCCCUGUGCUUGGUCAGGAUGGACAGCCCAAGUCUGCUCCCUCGGUGUACGGCGCUCAGCCAACUACUACUUUCAUCCAUCCGCUUACAGGAAAAGUUCUCGAUCCUUCAUCACCGCUUGGCCUGGCCCUAGCUGCAAGAGAAAGAGCCUUAAAAGAUGACCGCCGGACACGCCGAGAGGACAGACACUUUGGUCGGCAGAUGUCCACUGUGGGAGCAUUCCCAACCCCUGCUCAGACCCCAGCUUCUUCCCUUUUUGCAACCCCCACGCAAUCAACCUACACUUCACCUGUGUCGCUCCAACUAAGCUCCACCACCACCUCGCCUGCAUCUCUGAGCCGGCCACAGUCACCAAGGAUAUUACGUUUGGGAGGAGGAAGUGGGGAUAGGACUGAGAGAGAAAAGGAAGGAGGGCCCAGAGAGGGUCUUCGAGUUCGCUUUUCAGAGGACAGAACCAAUCAAUAUUCAACCCAGUAUUACCCACAGAGUCCCAGGGAGAGAGAAAGAGAAAAGGAGUUGUACGACAGCAGACCUGCUUCAUCCAUGCAGCCUCCUCCACCUCCGGCUCAACCUGCCCCCCGCAGACCUUCCUUUCUGCAGAUGGACAGCACUUCAAACACCAGCUACAUCCCUCAGUACACUGUCCCCACAGCCCAAGCACAGACAGAUCAAGCUAUGGGAGAUGUAAGAGCAGGGUCGGGUGGAGGUCUAGGACUGAUGGUUCUCCCCCCACCAGCUCCGUCAAUAGACGCAGAUGAUGAGUUUGUUUUUGCUGAUCCCUUGCCCCCUCCUAUACAAUUUGCUAAUGGUAAAAGAGAGAGAAGCCAGGAGUUUACUCAGCGCCAUCAACACCCAAGUCAACACCCAAGUCAACACUCUGCUGCUGUUGCUCCACCUGCCCCACCACCUCUUCCAUCUCCCAAGCCCUCAAAUGUUCCCCAGUCCUCUUCACAGGGUGGUGACUCUGCUACCUCCAGCCUUACCUCCUAUGACAGCGAGGUAGCCAACCUCACACAGUCAGCUCUCUCUCCAGCUUAUCCAUCCCCUCAGAUAUUCCCCCCUUCGUCCAAUACUACCACCACCUCUAAUGCUGCUCUGCCUCCUUCACUACACAGACCUCAGCCUAUGUCCCAUUCUCAUGCCUAUUACAGUGGCGUUAACGACCCCUCAGUUGGUGGCCACACUAUUUCCCAGGACAGAGGUACGGCUGCCCUAACCCCCACCAUGACAUAUGCUACCACAACCAUGACAGCCACUGUUGCCGCCACCACUACAACCUCACAUGCAUCCUCUGACUACAGCAUCGGCCUGGCUGGGCCCAAGGCUGGCCUCACCGCCGGGGGAAAAGCUGCAGACCACACUCACCACACCAAUAUUAUAUCCAGGAGCGGAGACUGGCAAGAUGGUGUGGUGGAUUCGGGGAUUGAGGAGCUGGACAGUCACAGCAGCAGCGACCACCAUUUAGAAAUGCUGGGACUAAUUGGUUUGAGAGGAGAGAGGGGAGGGGUUGGAGGAGACGGGCGAGGAGGAGAGAUGGAGAAAAGUAGCGAACAUCAGGAUCCCUGUACAACCUACUCAGGUGGGCAAACAUUUGAGGUGCACAGUGCCAAACUGGCAAACCCUGUGUUUCCAAAGAUGACUCAUUACAAGGACGGAGGAGGGAGGGGCCAGUCUGUAGCACUACGCAGGCAGAACAGCACCAACCCUGCUCCACUGCAGUUGCACAGACAAAGCAACCUAGAGGACGCCAGGUUAGAUGAAGCUCUCAUAGAUGAGAGGAAGCUUAAGCAGAGUCGAUCCAAAAUGGAAGAUGGCUUUAGCACAGCUCUGGCCGCCUGCUUAGAAAGACCUAUUGACACCCGGUCGGUUGCCUGGGGUGAGGUCGAGGAGCAUGAGCAAGGUGGAGGAGUCCAAAGAGGUGGAAUGGUCUUGGAGGGCCGCAGGCUGCACUCACCUCUUUCUGGUGUGAAGGCCAGCAUCAUCACUGAACUAAGCUCCAAGCUGCAACAGAUGAGUACCAUGAAGAGCAUGGAUGACUGGAGCCACACUCCAAAAUCACCCACCAUGCAUAGGUAUUCAGCAGAUUUUACUGAUGCGUAUAACAGCCCCCCCACCGGCCGCUCCACCUCGCCAUUACCCACCUACUCCCCACAGCACCGUCAGAUUCUGACACCCAACCUUUCGGCCACCCCUACUAUGUCCCCUACUCAUCAAGUACCAGUUCAGCGGAGUUGGACCCGAUCCCCUUCCCCACAAAUGCCUACAUCUCCGGUUCUUUCCCACCCUCCCCAUUCCCCGACCUACUGCCCAUACCCAACAUCGCCGAAGCAUCGCUCCAAGUUCCGUAGACAGACUUUUGAUUUCCAGUGCAGUCCCACUAAGGAGAUGCGGUCCUCCGUCUCUCGGCGCCGUGCUCCAAGCCCUCUCAUCUAUAACACCGAACAACCAAACCCCACCCCGCCUAGGCCCACCUCGCUCCCCAUACUUCCCACUACACCUGUCUACAACAACCCGUUUGACUUUCCCGGGCCCCUCACUCCUCCUUCACCUGGCCUCCCUCUAGGAGACACCUACCAGGCCUCAACAUCUCCAUUGUACUCCCCAGCCGGCGUUCCAAGCCAAAAUCCCCUACUUGUCUCCCGCUCUCUCUCCCCCACCCACUUUCUCUCUGGAGCCUCCUCCCCAAUGCAUUUGCCCCUCAGCCCGUCUUGUCUCAACUAUCCCCAUCUCACCCCUCCUCCACCAGCCAAACCCUUUGCCGUCAAACCCCUGCCCUUCUGGACCAAGUAUGACGUUGCAGACUGGCUGGCUUAUCUAAACCUGAGUGAACACAGGGAGCGUUUUAUAGACAAUGAGAUUGAUGGAUCGCAUCUGCCUUCGCUCACCAAGGACGACUUCUUGGACCUGGGAGUGACACGAGUGGGACACCGAAUGAACAUCGAGAGGGCACUGAAGAAACUCACUGACAGGCGGCUCUCUUCUCCUUUUCAUCUCACUACUUCUCCCCGAGACACAGACUGAGAGAGCGAAGGGGAGAGACUGAACAGUGGACAUCAACAGGCUGAAUUAAGACAGUUCUGGACAUGUGUGUGUGGGGGGGGAGGCUGUUUAGAAUUUGCUUCACAUGUAAAGACUAUUGUUGUGAAACUUGUGGAUUUCUGGUCAAGGAAGGGUACGAAGAAAUGAAGAGUACACGAAAACAACGCUCUCCAACUGAAGGAUUCUGUAAAACUUUUGAUGGACAGGCAUUUAAUUAACACACCGUUUUGUGCUGUAAAAGACAAGUACGCUCACAUCGAGUGCACCGAUGGACUUUCGCACCGUCUGCGGCUCAGCAGCACUGACAAAACUUAUGUCUGUGUUCGAAGAAAAGUUGAAAAGGUGCAUCUUAAAGGGUGAACCCCUAUAAAGUGUUGUUUUCUGGUGAAAAGAGAAACAUUAGAGCCACAUCGUGACAUCAGUUUUGUAGCUUUAAGCAUAUGGGUGUGAGUACUGCAGCCAAAGUCAGAAUAUGAGAUAAAGGGGUUUUGUUUGUAAAUGAUGCUAGAGGAAAAUGAUAGACAACAAUAGUAUUCUUUUUAUAUAUAUAUAUUUGCCAUAUACCCCCAAAGGAUUCCCCCAGUAGGCUUUGUAUGUACGUACUUUGCGAGCACUAAAUAUAUCUUACAUGUUAAACUGGAUUCACUAUUAGUAGAACCAUUUGUUUUGUACUAAGUGCUGAUCGCAAUCAUUCAUUUCAAACAGGUCAGGGUAUUUUAAACUGUUGAAGUGAAGGUAUGAAUAAUGAGGGCAUACAGAUGUUGAUACACUGUUGGUAGGAAAUGUGCUGCUUUUAUUUUCCUAAUCAUUCUCUAGAAAGGAGAGACAGUAUUUGAGAGCAUCUGAAACAGGUCUGCAUGUGACUUCAAGCUGCAAAUCGCUCUUUUGACUUAAUGGGCGUUCACGGCCAUAGCACAGGUCAAGGGAUGGAUCCAUCCUCUCUGAUGCCAUAAUGUUGAGCGCUCUCUCUCUCACACAGCAGGUGAUCAAAAAGGGCUUUUUACGGCUACUCUGUCUGCCUGACUUCCUCAACCUUCAGCCCCUGUGAGUCUGUGUGUGUCUGAUUUUGUGCGUGCGUGUUCGUUGGCCUGCGUCGGUGGCUAAAUGCUUCCCCUGACCUUCACCUUUUUCGAUUUCUAAGGCCUUUUCCAAAACAUAUUUAUAACAGUCAGCGAACAAGUCUUUUCUCACCAGUUGACAAUCCCAUGUUUCCCUGUUUCACACAUAACCCUUCAAAAGAAAACACUCUGACCCACUUUAAAAAAAACAUGUUAUUUUUUCCAAAGUCAAAACUGUAUAUGUUUCAUAGAGGUGAACAUGAAUACCCUGCAUUUCUUUUUUUAACAUGCCAGUUUAGCCGUUCCUUGCAGAGAAUUCAACACAUCAUUUAUAGAUCUAUAUGUAAUGAUGAUGAUGACAAUGAUAAAAAAUAUAGUAUAAUAAAGAUAAUAUUAUUAAGUAUUUAAUCAUUUUUAAGAAUCCCUGUCCUCCAGAUAGUGUGGACAAAUUCUUUGAAGCUUUGUUUGGUUUAUGUUUUAAUUUGGGGUUUUCAGUCAAUGCUUUCUCUACUGCUCUCCGGUGAAGCUGACACGUUAUUUAAUGUAUAUUCUCUCUAUGUGAGUAUACAAAUAACGACUCUGUUACCCGAUGGAUGCUAUUCCAGAGAAGUGGAAGGACUGAGCAGUAGUGUAGAAAGCAUAACAUGCUAUGAAUUAAAGAGUAUUUUAGGUCUAGCAAAAUGCAUUAUGAAUAUGACUUCAUGCAGUAUGAGUGUAAGUAUGCAGAGAUAAAAAGGUAUAUAUAUAAAUUAUAUAUAUAUAUAAAGUUUUGUUUUAACUAAAACAGUAUAAAAGUUGAUAGAGAUACAACUAAGGUGUUGA